UGCAAAGGAGGCCUCCUGAAUCCUCAUCGUGAUUCUUCCAAAAGGAGAGAGGAAAAACAGGCUCACAGGCCAGGGAUUUAGCUCAGUGAUUCUGCCACCUGCUUCGAAAGUGCAAGGACUGGAGUUCCAUCCCUGGUACCAAAAAAGAAAAGAAAAAGAAAAACAGGCUCACUAGGCGGGGUGUCCAUUGUCAUUCACCUAGCUGUGGCAGCUGCAGAAGGGAACCUCUGGGUCCUGGGUUCUUCCCCCAUACCACACUUGAGUCUAGGCCAGGCAGUGGUGAAAAGCUCACUCACGUGCCGGUGCCCUUUGGCCCUGCUUUUAGAAUUCCUGUGCCACAAAAGGUCAUUGAGGCCAGGAAAGUGUGUCAUGGGACUCUGGGUGUACACUGAGAGGGCACUGGGUGGGCUCCUGGGUAAGGGUCACAUGAGAAGUGGAAAUGUCGCUGGAUGGCCCAGGCCCUGGAGUACACUCAGCACUCUCUUCCGCAGCCAUGAUGCUGUGCGGCCUUCCCCAGGGCCCCUCCCAGCCAGGUGUCAGCAGUAGGGAGAAGACACCACCCCAGUCCUUGGCUGCUGGCUUCCAGGCCUGGAUUGGUGGGAGGGACAGGGUGGGGCGGGAACAGCCAGCUGCCUGCUGGGAGCCAAACCGAAAGCACUCUGCUGGAACUGGACGGGCAGUCAGGGCUCUGGGAGUGAGAGUGCUGAGCUGUCCAUCGCAGGGACCCUGAAGGCUGGGGAGGAAUUCCAGCCCCCGCCACCCACAGACCCUGGGCUAAGUGAGGGAAGGCAAGAGGUGUCUGCCCCCCCCCCAUUGGGGGGGCAGGACAGGGCCUCAGGCUUGGUGUUGCCUGGCAUCUGGAAGAUGCCUGUGCCCUGGUUCCUGCUGUCCUUGGCACUGGGCCGAAACCCCGCGGUCAUCUCUCUGGAGAGGAUUGUGGGGCCUCAGGAUGCUGCCCGCUGCUCUCCAGGCCUCUCCUGCCACCUCUGGGAUGGUGACAUGCUCUGCCUGCUUGGGAGCAUCGAGGCCGCGCCAGGCCCUGUGCUGGUGCCCACACACCUGCAGGCGGAGCUGGUGCUGCGGUGCCACCAGGAGACCAGCUGUGAUCUCUGUGUGCGUGUGACUGUCCAGCUGGCUGUGCAUGGGCACUGGGAAGAGCCUGAAGAUGAGGAAAAGUCUGGGGAAGCAGCUGAGCCGGAGCUCAAGGAGCUGAGGAACGCCUCUCUCCAGGCCCAAGUCGUGCUCUCCUUCCAGGCCUAUUCCACUGCCCGCUGUGUCCUGCUGGAGGUACAAGUGCCUGCUGCCCGGGUGCAGUCUGGUCAGGCUGUGGGCUCUCUGGUGUUUGAUUGCUUCGAGGCUGCUCUGGGGGCCGAGGUUCGAAUCUGGUCCUACACUCAGCCUAGGUACCAAAAGGAACUCAACCUCAUGCAGCAGCUGCCUGACUGCAGGGGGCUCGAAGUCCGGGACAGCAUCCAGAGCUGCUGGGUCCUGCCCUGGCUCAACGUGUCUACAGAUGGUGACAGUGUGCACCUGGUACUCAACGUCUCUGAGGAGCAGCAUUUUGGCCUCUUGCUAUACUGGAAUCAAGUCCAGGGUUCCCUAAAACCCUGGUGGCACAGAAAUCUGACUGGGCCACAGACCAUUACCUUGAACCAAACAGACCUGGUUCCCUGCCUCUGUAUUCAGAUGUGGCCCUUGGAGCCCGACCCGGUCAGGACCAGCAUCUGCCCCUUCAAGGAAGAUCCUCAAGCGCACAGGAACGUGUGGCGCGCAGCCCGGGUGCAGCUGCUGUCCACAAAGAGCUGGCGGCUGGACAUGCCCUGCUCACUGCCCGCAGAAGUGAUGCUGUGCUGGCAGUCACCGGGCGGGGACCCCUGCCAGCCGCUAAUGCCACCGCUGUCCCCGGAGAAUGUCACUGUGAAUAAGGCGAGCGAGUUUCCUGUGGUGGAAGGCCACCCCAACCUCUGUGUGCAGGUCAGAAAGGUGCGCAGCUGGGAGAAGGUACAGCUGCAGGAGUGCUUGUGGUCUGACUCCCUGGGGCCCCUCAAGGAUGAUGUGCUGCUGGUGGAGACCCAGGGCUCCCAGCACAACCGAUCACUCUGUGCCUUGGAACCCACGGGUUGUACACCACUGCCCAGCAGGGCCACCACGAGGGCAGCUCACCUUGGAGAGCAGUUGCUGGAAGACCUACAGUCAGGGCAGUGUCUGAAGUUGUGGAAUGGUGACCUGGGAGCACUGUGGGCCUGCCCUGUGGACAAGUACGUCCACCGGCGCUGGGCACUGGUGUGGCUGGCCUGCCUGCUCCUUGCUGCUGUGCUUCUCUUCCUGCUCCUCCUCCGUAAGGACCGCGGGAAAGCUGCCGCCGGGGUCCGUGCGGCCCUGCUGCUCUACUCGGCGGACAACACGGCCUUUGAGAGCCUGGUGGGCUCGCUGGCGACGGCGCUGAGUCGGCUGCCGCUGCGCGUGGCCGUGGACCUGUGGAGCCGGCGCGAGCUGAGCGCGCAGGGCCCGCUGGCUUGGCUGCACGCGCAGCGGCGGCAGACCCUGCAGGAGCGCGGCGUGGUGGUGCUGCUUUUCUCGCCUGGCGCCGUGGCGCUGUGCCGAGAGUGGCUGCAGGAUGGACCGCCGGCGCCGAGAGCGCACGGCCCGCACGACGCUUUUGCUGCUUCGCUCAGCUGCGUGCUGCCCGACUUCCUGCAAGGCCGGGCGUCUGGCCGCUACGUGGGCGCCUGCUUCGACGGCCUGCUGGCCCUGGACGCCGUGCCCUCGCUCUUCCGCGCCGCGCCGCUCUUCUCCCUGCCCUCCCAGCUGCGCGGCUUUUUGAGCGCCCUGCAGGGGCCCUGCGCGGCACGCUUCGGGCGCCUAGAAGACAGCGCCGAGCAGGUGGCCCGCGCCCUUCAGCCAGUCCUGGACAGCUGCUUCCGGCCCCCGCCACGCGGGUUGGGCCCGGAGUUGGAGGCAGGACUUGAAUAAAAGCACAACUGGUUUUCUACA